AUGGCGUUUCCAGAUGAUGAAAAGAUGAAGGGCUGUCGUCCAAAGAUUUUUGGGGCGAAAGAUAAGAAAGCCGCAAAGAAGACAGACCGUCCAAGCUCCUCCGCUGUUAAGUCUGCACCAAGCUCCUCCAAGGCACAAUCUUCUUCCCCAUUCAGACCACUUUCAGAAGUUAGGAGCAUGCGUGAGGUUAGGAGCAUGCGUCUGAGCCAUUUUCUAGCCCGUUCUCCAAGUGUCAUAAAAAUUGAAUCUUUUAGGGUAUUUAUUUCUACAUGGAACGUUGGAGGAAACACACCUACCGCUGAGUUGAAUCUGGACGACUUCAUUCCUGCAGAUGACCACUCAGAUAUUUAUGUUUUAGGUUUUCAGGAAAUUGUCCCUCUCAAUGCUGGCAAUGUGCUUGUGAUCGAAGACAACGAACCAGCUGCAAGAUGGCUUGCUCUUAUAAACCGCACGCUAAACAGAACAAUUGACGGGGAUGCUGAUAUUUUCUGUCACAAGCCAUCUCUAUCCCUUGAUUCAACCUCUUCUCGAUCUUCAUCGAACCUUGAUGCUUCUUUCUCCAACCGCUCUGGUUCUGCAAUCUUCCAGUCCUCCUUAAAAUCUAUCAGGAAGCCUUACAUGCCAACUCAGAGAAAACUGCUCAAGAUCUGCAACUGCUCAGUUGAAAUGCCCAGGAAAUCCUACAAAGAUGCUUGCUUUGGAUGCCCACAAGCAUACAUUAAUGAGACCGACUCUUCGGAAGAAGAUGAAGUUGAUGACAGAUCAAAUAAUGCUUCUGGUUAUGUGGUUGAUGGAGUGAUUUCGUCCGCUUCUGCCUCUAGUGAUCAGCUAAAAUAUAACCUCGUAUCUUGCAAACGAAUGGUUGGUAUUUUUGUCACAGUAUGGGCAAAGAAAGAACUAGUGCCGCAUAUCGGUCAUGUGAGGACAUCAUGUGUAGGCCGUGGAGUAAUGGGUUAUCUUGGAAACAAGGGAUGUAUAUCAGUGAGCAUGACACUGCACCAGACAAGCUUUUGUUUCAUCUGUAGCCAUUUGGCUUCAGGUGAGAAAGAAGGCGAUGAGUUGCGGCGCAACUCAGAUGUUUUAGAGAUACUGAGGGCCACGCAGUUUCCAAGAAUUUGCAGAAGAGCUGGGCAAAGAAUCCCUGAAAAAAUUAUUGACCAUGACCGGGUGAUAUGGUUGGGGGAUCUGAACUACCGUAUUUCCCUGAGCUAUGAAGAUACCAAGAAACUUCUGACUGAAAAUAACUGGGAUGCCCUUUUUCAAAAGGAUCAACUUAACACUGAGCGCAAUUCUGGAAGGGUAUUCAGGGGUUGGAGCGAAGAGAAGAUAUAUUUUGCUCCCACAUACAAGUACACUUUUAACUCAGAUUCUUAUUCUGGAGAAACUGCAACCUCAAAGAAAAAGAGGAGAACCCCAGCCUGGUGUGAUAGAAUACUAUGGCAUGGAGAUGGGAUUGCGCAGUCAUCCUACUUCCGUGGGGAGUCUAAAUUCUCUGACCAUCGUCCUGUCUGUGGAUCAUUCACUGUGGAAGUGUAUUUGCUGGACGGCAAAUCAAAGAGGCGCACAUCUAACACUAAUAUUAGAAUUGGUGCUGAAGAGCUCUUACCGACGAGUAAGAAUAAGGUGCUGGGACCAAAACCACAAAAUAAAUCGGCUCAUGUCAUGCCACUCAUGGAGGAAGGUGCCGAGGAAACUUUCUGCGGCUGCCGCUUGGUAUCUGUUUCCAGCAAAUUGUUUUCUCACAAAGAGAAAGGCGAGGGCGGAGCUCAAGAGGUCGGCGGUCGCCGAUGA